CCUUACCCAAUACUCAACUAAAUAAAGUUGACUUGGAAGACUCUCUCAUUGCACCUCUUAUGCUUCAAUGGUUCCUGGCCCAUUUCCUGUAUCAUUUGAAGACUCUGGGAAAAAGGGCUGCUGUUGUCUCUCUUUGGAUGAGAGUAUCUUCUCUGCCUUGAUAUAGUUAAAUAUAAUCUUCCGUCUGCGAGCACGAUAAGGAAUUUGUUGUAAUGGCUUCUUCUUCUUCACUACGUCUUAGAAAUGACAACAGCGCAAACAGUCCUAAAAACAGUAACAUGGACAUUGCUGAGGAGGUCACUGUAAUGGUAAUCGAUGACAGCCCAAACAAUCCUAACUGUAGCAGCAUCAAUAUGGCGCAGGAUACUGAUGAAAAUGUUUCAGCGGUUUUAUCUUCAUCUUUGCCAAGGACUAGCAGCUCCGAAUUCGGUCAGUUGGAACUGUACAAAGCUGUGCUUCACAAGUAUUGGAGAAUAAUCCACGAUUAUUCUCCGCCCGGUUCGGAACAGAUGAUUCCCGAAUUCUUCACAUAGCAGUUGAGUUAGGAGA